GCAGAGGAAUUUGGAGUUCGUGUUAUUAUCCAAAAUGAAGCUUAUACUUCUAAAACUUGUAGUUGGUGUGGCAAUGUUCAAAAAAUUGGAGAGUCCGAGGUAUACACUGCAAGAAUUGUGGGACUUCAACGGACAGAGAUGAAAAUGGCACUCUGGGAAUCUUUCUCCGGGCAUUGCUUGAUAAACCUUGAUUCUCUUCAGGGGUCAUGUAGUCACACUAAGUAA